AUGUCGGGCCACCAGGCUAGCGGCAGCACAGCUGGCCGUUUCGGCCACGCCUCGAAGCCGUCCAACAGCGACACCGGCUUCUCCCACGGCGCGUUCACCUCGAACGUGUCUGGGUUUGCGGACAGGCACCCUCGCCGCGGGAACAUCCCGACUAUUAACACCCAGCCGCUCCAGCAGCAGCACCACCACCAGGCCCCGACCAAUGGCGCCGACAUGACUACCCCGGGUACGGCUUUUGACAUGCAGUUCACCCCCCUGCUGCCGUCUCAGCUGCUCCUCGGCAGCCCGUUCCAGCCCGGCACCCCGGCGGCCUUCGCGAGCCCGCACUUCCAAAAUGUCAAUGGGUUCCAGCAGGCCCAGCAGCAGAGCCUCCAGCAGGCGAACGGCCCGUCCAGCCCGGUCCAGCAGAACAUGUCCCCCCAGAUGUACCAGUCGAUUGUUUCCCCGUCGGCCUACGGCGCGCCGCAGUUUUACGCGCCGCAGUCCCCCACGGGGUCGUUCAACAACGUCGGGGCCCAGAUGCAGGUGCCAAUGCAGCCUGCGUCUCCCGUGUCGAUGGGGCCUGGGAUGGUCACUGGCACGAGCCGGACCGUCUACCUGGGCAACAUCCCCCCUGACACGACGGCCGAGGAGAUCCUGGGCCACGUGCGCAGCGGUCAGAUCGAGUCGGUCCGCCUGCUGCCUGACAAGAACUGCGCUUUCAUCUCGUUCCUGGACGCCAGCUCCGCCACGCAUUUCCACUCCGAUGCCAUCUUGAAAAAGCUCUGCAUCAAGGGGCAGGACAUCAAAAUUGGCUGGGGCAAGCCGUCGCAGGUCCCGACCUCGGUUGCCCUGGCCGUGCAGCAGUCGGGUGCAUCCCGGAACGUGUACCUCGGCAACUUGCCUGAGGACAUUUCGGAUGAGGAGUUGCGGGAGGACCUGGGCAAGUUUGGCGCCAUCGACACGGUGAAGAUCGUGCGGGAGAAGAACAUUGCCUUUGUGCACUUCCUCUCCAUUGCCAACGCCAUCAAGGCCGUGUCCCAGCUUCCCCAGGAAGCCAAGUGGCAGGCCCCUCGCCGUGUUUACUACGGCAAGGACCGGUGUGCCUACGUGUCCAAGACCCAGCAGCAGAACGCUGCGCAGUACUUGGGUAUCGCCCCCGGCUACGCCCACAUGCUUACUGGUGCGGAUCGUGAUCUGAUCUCGAACGCCCUGGCGCAGCAGUCCGUUGCGGCUGCGGCUGUGGCUACGACGGCUGGUGGUAUCGGCAACCUGGGCAACCGGACCAUCUACCUCGGCAACAUCCACCCCGAAACCACGAUUGAGGAGAUUUGCAACGUGGUCCGCGGUGGCCUGCUGCACCACAUCCGGUACAUUCCCGACAAGCACAUCUGCUUUGUGACCUUUAUCGACCCCACAGCGGCUGCGUCGUUCUACGCGCUCAGCAACCUGCAGGGUCUGAUGAUCCACAACCGUCGCUUGAAGAUCGGCUGGGGUAAGCACUCGGGCGCUCUCCCGCCGGCGAUCGCGCUGGCUGUUAGCGGUGGCGCGUCGCGUAACGUGUACAUCGGCAACCUGGAUGAGACCUGGACCGAGGAGCGGCUGCGCCAGGACUUUUCCGAAUACGGCGAGAUCGAGCUGGUUAACACCCUGCGCGAGAAGAGCUGUGCGUUCGUCAACUUCACUAACAUCGCGAACGCGAUCAAGGCCAUCGAGGCGGUUCGGGGUAAGGAGGAGUACCGCAAGUUCAAGGUGAACUUUGGCAAGGACCGCUGCGGCAACCCGCCGCGCCAGAUGCAGCAGCAACAGCCUCAGCAGCAACAGCAGCAGCAGCCGUCCCCUCGCGGCGACCAGGUCCCAUCCCCGCCUACCAACGGCUCUACCCCGAACGGUAACUCGCCCACGGGUAGUGGAUCCGCACCAUCCGCCGCGCUCUUCAACACCACCAGCAACCCCCUGACCAUGUACCUCAACCACGUCUCGCAGCAGGCCCAGCAGCAACAACAACAACAGCACCACGUCCUCGCUGCCCAACAAGCUGCCCUUUUCGGCACAGCCGCCUCAUCUCCCAACGAAGCCGGCCUCACCCUCGAAGUGCCUCAAGGCGCACCCACCGGCCACCACCACCACCAACAAUCCGCCAGCAUCUCCAACGGCUACCCCUCCUCCUCCGCUGCGAACGGCAACACCAACGGCGCCACCACAAUCGGCGGGCUCCUCGCGCCCGGCAACCCGCGCGCCUCGCACAGCCGUGCCGUCAGUUUGCCCGUGUUUGCGCCGUUCGAGAAUGGCGGCGGGAAUAGCCCCAACAACAGUCUGCACGGCAGCGAUGUGAAUGGUGUCGUCCCGAAUGGGGAUCACCACCAACAAUCGCAGCAGCAUCAGCAGCAGCGUCGGGGCCAUCAGUAUCAGGCGAGCUUUGGGGGGAUGGGGGCUGGGUUUGGGUUGGCGAUUCAGGGGGGGCUUAAUGGAUGGGUUGAGGAGGAGGUUGUCAACUAA